CAUUACCCUUAGGUAAUGGUUACCCCUCAUUUGUUACCUCUCAAAAACUUGGGGUAACAAAUACCCUUACCUUACUCUUAACAAAUAACUUUUUCAUGGUUAAAUCAAACAAAUGAAAAGAUAAUAGCUAAAUGAUUCCUUUCCACCCUUUUAUUUGUUUCCUUUAUACUCCAUUUUCAAUCAUUUCCCGAACCAAACGCACCUUAAAUGUAUAUAAUUAAAAAUCACAAGGACUAAUUAAAAAAGAAAAAAAGACACUAAAAAUGCAACGCUCGAGCCAUAUACUAAUUUAUUUUAAAAAUGAGGUAGUACAUGCAUCUGAAUGUACUCUGUAAUAAAUUGCAGGUAAUAAUAUUAAUGUACUUUGUACUACAACUACCAUAGUAGAAAUAGUGUAAAAUCAUUCUUGCAAAUAUCACUAGAUCCUUCAUUGAAUGAAAAUUAUGAAGCCCAAAAAAAUUGAAGGACAAGAAUUGAAGACCAAAAGAAGGCACCCUACUCAUUUCUAUAAAUUGAUGCUUUCUCCUCCUCAACAGUCCAUCAAGCUGAGGAUUCCGAAGAAAUUUGCAAGGACACGGCGCAAUGAACUCUCUAGUCCAGUCAUCCUUACGGUUCCAACAGGUGAAACCCGAAAAGUGGAGUUAGUAGAAGAGGACAAUGAUCUAUGGUUUAGAGAUGGCUGGGAGGACUUUGUGGAGUACUGCUCCAUAGGCCUUGCUUACUUCAUGUUGUUUGAAUAUGAAGGGAAUUCUAACUUCAAAGUUAAUGUAUUUGACUUAACUGGUUUUGAGAUAUCUUAUCCAUUUAAUGCGCGUUCUUAUUCUCGUAUGCAACAUGAAGGAGUUGAUUAUAGUGAUGGUAAUGACAGUAUGAAACACGAAAUUAUGCACACAUCUUCCUUUAAUAGCUCGAAAGCAUCUGAUGUAGAAGUAAUAGGACUAAGUAGUGAAGACGAUGAAUGUGUUGGUGAUGAUGAAGUGAUGGAUGAAACUAGAGAAUGUUUUCCAUUUGUUGAAUAUGCAGGGUAUCCUUUUUGGUUGAAGAGGUUUCAAGGGCUAAUCAAUGUUGUUAUUGCUGCUGGAAUUCCCUUGCCAAAGAAUCCUUUCUUUGUUGCUGCUAUAAAGGAAUAUGUUUUGGGCAAUGGAAAGUACUUGAAUAUUCCUAAGGCCUUCGGUCAAGGGCACCUCAGAUGUGAGAUAUACCAAAAGAAAUCUGUUAAGCUUGAGGCAUAUGAUGGAAGGCAAUGGAAUGUUGAUUGUGUUAGAGACAAAACAAAGUACAUUUUUAGUCGAGGGUGGAUUAACUUUGCGCGACAGAUUGGUUUAGAAGUUGGAGAUAUCUGUGUUUUCGAGCUAACAGAUGCAAAGAAGCAUGUUCUGAGAGUUCAUGUUGUUAAGAACUCAAAUACCUGCAGGGUUUCUGAAGAUACAUUUUGAUGGCAUAGUGCAAAUUGUGUUACUCCUGCUACAACUUCUGUAAUGUACUAAUAAUGGAUAUAAAUAUUAAAAUAUGUAAUGGACUCUUAGCUCCAUUUCAAAAGGUCCUAACUAAACGGACUCUAAUAUCAUGUUAAUAUUGUA